GGGCCGCGACCGAGGACGAGAGGAGCACCAGCGAGGCCUCGGAGCCGCCGCGCCGGCCGCACCCGCACCCGCUGCCGCCGGAGCUCGCUCCGCAGCCGGAGCCCGAGCCGAGCCGGGCCGGCCCGAGAAGUCGCCGAGGCCCGGGGGGAGGGCGGCGGCGGCGGCCGGGAGGGCCCAGAAGUCCGGCCGCCCGGCCCUCGGCGGAAAGGAUGAGCCCCCCGUGCCUCCGAUUCAUGGAAAUAUGUAUUACUUUAAUAUUGCCUUGGAAUUAAUGAAGUGGAAAUACAGAUCAAAGCAAUUUGGAGAAAAUAGAAAACACAGUUUUAUUCAGCAGACUCUCUUGAGGAAGCAGGAAACAGCAGUAGAAGUUGGAGUAAUUAUUAAACUAUUGCAGGCAGAAUUUCACCAAGCAUACAAGCUUAAAAUUUAUCAAGUAACAAGAUUGAUUGCUCAGGGGGACAGUUCACAGAGAAGAUUAAAAACUGAACAAUGACUCAACUAAGCAUUUAUAUCACAUUUUGGGGAGCCUAUCUGCUCAUCAUUUUUUAUGUUCAAGGACAGAAUCCAGACAGUCGAUUCCUUCAUGGCACAGAAAUGAAGUCAGACCAAAAUCAGAAAAAGCAGGAAAAUGGAGUAACCUUAGCACCAGAGGAUACUUUGCCUUUUUUGAAAUGCCACUGUUCAGGACAUUGCCCAGAUGAUGCUAUUAAUAACACAUGCAUAACUAAUGGUCAUUGCUUUGCCAUCAUAGAAGAAGAUGAUCAAGGAGAAACUACAUUAGCUUCAGGCUGUAUGAAGUAUGAAGGUUCAGAUUUUCAGUGCAAGGAUUCACCAAAAGCUCAGCUACGGAGAACAAUUGAAUGUUGCCGAACCAAUUUGUGUAAUCAAUAUUUACAGCCUACGCUACCCCCUGUUGUCAUAGGUCCGUUUUUUGAUGGUAGUAUUCGUUGGCUAGCUGUCCUUGUUUCUAUGGCUGUGUGUAUAAUUGCUAUGAUCAUCAUCUUCAGCUGCUUUUGUUACAAGCACCACUGCAAAAGAAUAGCAAGAAGCCGUUGCUAUAAUCGUGACUUGGAACAGGAUGAAGCUUUUAUACCAGUUGGAGAGUCAUUGAAAGACCUUAUUGAUCAGUCACAAAGUUCUGGCAGCGGAUCCGGACUUCCUUUGCUGGUUCAACGAACUAUUGCCAAGCAGAUUCAGAUGGUUCGGCAGGUGGGAAAGGGUCGCUAUGGAGAGGUGUGGAUGGGAAAAUGGAGAGGUGAAAAAGUGGCGGUCAAAGUAUUCUUCACUACUGAAGAGGCCAGUUGGUUUCGGGAAACAGAGAUCUACCAGACUGUUCUGAUGCGACACGAGAAUAUUCUUGGUUUUAUCGCGGCUGACAUCAAGGGCACCGGCUCUUGGACACAGCUGUACCUGAUCACCGACUACCACGAGAAUGGAUCUCUGUACGACUUCCUGAAAUGUACCACUCUGGACACCAGGGCCCUCCUCAAGUUGGCGUAUUCAGCGGCUUGUGGUCUGUGUCAUCUCCACACAGAGAUCUAUGGUACCCAAGGAAAGCCCGCGAUUGCCCACCGAGAUCUGAAGAGCAAAAAUAUCCUAAUCAAGAAAAAUGGGAGUUGUUGUAUCGCUGACUUGGGCCUUGCUGUGAAAUUUAACAGUGAUACAAAUGAAGUUGAUGUUCCUUUGAACACCAGAGUAGGUACAAAGCGUUACAUGGCCCCAGAAGUCCUCGAUGAAAGCCUGAAUAAAAAUCACUUUCAGCCAUACAUCAUGGCUGACAUCUAUAGCUUUGGACUGAUCAUGUGGGAGAUGGCUCGUCGCUGUGUCACAGGAGGCAUUGCAGAAGAGUACCAAUUGCCUUACUACAACAUGGUGCCUCAUGAUCCUUCCUAUGAAGAUAUGCGUGAGGUGGUGUGUGUUAAGCGACUGCGGCCCAUCGUGUCUAACCGAUGGAAUAGUGAUGAAUGUCUAAGAGCUAUCUUGAAGCUAAUGUCAGAAUGCUGGGCUCACAAUCCUGCUUCAAGACUUACCGCGUUGAGAAUCAAAAAGACACUUGCCAAGAUGGUUGAAUCCCAAGAUGUAAAGAUUUGACAAUUAUAUAAGACUCAGGAGCCGCAUUGGACUCCAAGAACUUGUUUCACCCAAGCCAAGGGUGGAAUUGAAGUGGGAUGAGGAAAUUCAUGUGGUUCUUAGACUUUUUCCUCACCACCCCUUUACAGGCUGCUAAUAAUUUCAGUACUCUGUAGAAUAUGAUGCUGGGAACUUCUGUUCACUACAUGCUACAUUUAUGGACAGCCUUGUUUAAAUGUGUUUCUUUUUGGAGGGAGAAGGGGUUAUGAACUAUGUUGAGACUUUAGUCAUCGUUCAUGAGUCUCCAGUAAACUCUGGGUACUGAAUUGCAUGUUUAUAUUAUGGUGCUUUCUGUGAAAGCCUUAAGAAGAAAAUGAAUUUAACAGAGAUGGAGAAAUAUAAGCUUUUGCCUUCUACCUGAUAAAACUUAAUCUGUUCAUAUUCUUGCUUUUGUAAAACAGCCUGUAGAUUAUGAAUCAUUUUGGGAUACUGCUCUGUUUUUAACAGUUUAUCAUCUGUGUUGUGUGUGUGCCAGGAUUCCUCUGCUGCCAUGUGGAUUAAGAGAAAAAAGAGGAAUGAAUGCCCAGGAAGGUGGGGGUGGUCAGUGCUUCAGGUCUGUCAUUAUCGUUGCAAUAAGAUUAGCCAGUCACACAAAAAUCAUUUAACUCACAGGAGAAUUUGGCUUCUUUACCAACAUCUCUGAUCAGGAAAAUUGGUAUCAAUUGAAAAAUCAAAAGGGAGUUAAGAUCAUGCUUCUAAACCUGAGCUUCAUUCCUCUUUCCUUUUUUUUUUUUUUUUUUUUUUUUUUGGCAAUUUUUAAUCUGUUUUUGUGAAAAACAUAAUAUCUUAAGUUGGAACUCCCAAUGUGAUGACUCUCCUGAAGAACGAACUCACUUAUUGGGGUGAUUUUGUUAGCAAUUUAAGUGCCUAUAACCUUGUCCUGUAUAGUUUGUUCUAAGUGACUUCUAAAAGGGAAAUGACAUAUCUAGUGCACAGUGUGCUUGAUUUGCAGGACGUUAACGCUUAACUUCACUUUGGAUAGUCGUGUUUGUCCACAUACAUUCAUGCCAUAGAAACCAGAUCACAUGCACCUCAUAACCCAGGCUUAAAAGGUAAAAAAAAAAAAAAAACCCACAAUACCCAAAGAUUGUUAGGAAGAACA